AUGGCCACACGGAAAAGGAACGAAUAUCUUGACCUCGAGUCAAGCGACGGCGAAGAAAGCGAUCGGGGCUACGACUCCGAGGCUGCAGAGGAGUCCAAGGGCCGGGCAGCCAAGCGGCGAAAGGUGCAAGCUGUCGACGACGGCGACGUCGACGUCACAGAUAGUGAAAAUGGGGACGACCGGGACGAUACUGGCGACAAGUUCGAUGGGAAAUCGGAUCAGGAAGAGGAGAAAGCCCGUCGACUAGAGAAUGGCGAUCACCGUUCCUCCGACUCAGAGCAACAAUCCCCACAGCACACCUCGGAAUCCAAAUCGAAGGAAAAACCCAUCAAACCGCUAGACAAAAAGAAGCUGGAGAAGACGAAGGAGAAGAAGAAUAAGACGGGCGUCAUUUACCUCUCGUCGCUUCCGCCAUAUCUCAAGCCGUCGGCUCUCAAGAAGAUGCUGGAGCAGCGGGGGUUCGGCCCCAUCAACCGCGUCUUCCUCACGCCGGCGGUGCCAUCGACCAGUGGCAGCAAGCGCAGCAAUCGGCGGAAGAUGUACACGGAUGGCUGGGUCGAGUUUGAGUCGAAGAAGACGGCCAAGAUCUGCGCGGAGACGCUGAACGCGAACAUCGUCGGCGGGCGCAAGGGCGGUUGGUACCACGACGACGUCUGGAACAUGAAAUACCUGAAGGGGUUCAAGUGGGACGAUCUGAUGGAGCAGAUGCAGCGCGAGCGCUCGGAGCGGGAAGCCCGGCGGCGGAUCGAGGAUGCGCGUGCGCGCAAGGAGGACAAGGUCUUCCUGGCCGGUGUGGAGAAGGGCAAGGUGGUCGAGGGCAUCCGGAAGAAGCGCCAGGAGAAGAAGGCGAAAUCGGGUGACUCUGGCGCGGAGGACGACAUGUCUGACCUGCAAAUUCGGCGGGUGUUCAAGCAGAAUGAAGUGCGGACCAAGGGCGACAAAGACCCCGACGCUCUUGGAGACGAUGCCAAGAGAGUGCUGGGGAAGAUCUUUUGA